AUGGCUACUCAAUGGGACAAUUCAUGGAUCUGGCAUCCAGAAUGGAUCGAGAAGCCUGCAUCCUCCUCUGCUGGCGCAUUUGUGCACUUCCGCAAGUUUAUCACUUUGGACGUGGUUCCUAAUGACCCUGUGAAUAUCGCAAUUACCGCAGACACGCGAUAUAAACUGUAUGUGAACUCAUGCUUGGUUCAUGCUGGUCCCGUCAAAGGGGAUACACAGAUGUGGUUUUAUGAUGUUGUCGACAUCCAGCCAUACCUCUGUACUGGAAGGAAUCACAUCGCAGUCCACGUUCUGCGAUUCUAUUAUGGUUCCCAGUUUGCAGCCAGCUUUCCUCGAACCGCCUAUCCAGGGCUUUACGUCAGAACCGAGCCUCUAGGAGCUGCCAACGAGACGAUUUCUUUCAAACUCCAGGGAGACGAGUCAUGGGAGACAGCCAUCGAUCCCUGUAUAGUUCUUCCCACGAGCUCGAACUUUGAUUUCUUCCUCCAGAUCUUCGAGCAGGUCGACGGGACAAAGAACAAUAAGCUUGACUGGGUUGCCGCGAAGCCAUACAGCUUCAUGGUCAGUCACGGUCUCGCCGCUCCGUGGAACCUUUACCCUCGAAUGAUCCCUUUCCCUCGCCUCCAACCAACCAACCUUACCGCGGUACACAAUAUAACAAGUACAGAAUCUCGCGAGGUGUGGGAUGCUCUUCUUGGUUAUGGUUCGAAGGGUAAUUCAGGAAUCCUCCUGCCAAAGGGCACAACACAUCAUGUUGAAUUUGGUGUCGACCAUCACACAACGGCAUAUGUCACGUUCCGUUUCGCAAGGCCCUCCACUAGUGGUAGCAGGAUCGCUGUUACCUGGUCUGAGGGCUAUGAAGAUGAGCCCAUCAAACUCCCUUUUGAUCGAAAUAAGGGAGAUAGAGCAGACACAACCAAGGUCAUUGCCGGCCCAAAGGACGAUUACAUAUUCGGUGGCUUCUGUUUAGAUGAGCCGUUAGGGUAUGACGACGCGGAAGAAGACGAUGAGAUUUUCGCCCCUUUUCACUUUCGAACGUUCCGCUACUUCGCCUUUGACAUUGAAGUCGCCAAGGACUCGGACCUGGUACUCAAGGAUAUCAGUAUCGUCAAGACAAAUUACCCCAUCCAGGUGUUGGCCUCAUUUCCUCAAGUUCAGGUCGAAGUUGGAGACUCCACGUGGUUCCAUCAGCUUUGGAAUGUCAGUGUACGCACGCUGGAAAAUUGUAUGCAUGACUGCUAUGAAGAUUGCCCAUUCUUUGAGCAGCUCCAAUAUGCCAUGGAUACAAGAAGCUCCGCCCUCUUCACUUACUUCAUAUCUAGGGAUGAUCGCCUUGCGAAACAGGCAAUAAUCCAGCUGCACAACUCCUUCCAGCCUGCUCUGGGAUUGACGGCUAGCCGUGCCCCUUCGCAUCAUCUCCAGAUAAUAUCGCACUUUUCUCUAUUCUGGAUAUGCAUGGUUACGGACCAUUACGAGCAUUUCGGUGAUGCAGAUUUUGCCACACAGUUUUUGCCUGUGAUCGAAGGGGUUCUCGACAGUUUUCAUCGCCGUGUUGACCAGGAAAGUGCCCUUGUCCGGGUUUCUCAGUUCUCUGGAGACUGGGCCUUUGUCGAUUGGACCGAGGCAUAUCAUCCAAUGGGAGUUCCACCAGCGGGUAAAGAAACUGGGUUUAUGACAUACACGAACCAACUGUACGCAUAUGCGUUGCAGAGACUGAGUGGAUUAGAACUGUGCCUAGGCAGGCAAUCGCGUUCUGCUGAGCAUGCCCAACGCGCUGAAUCCAUUGCCAGAGCUGUUCGGGCUCAUUGUUACGAUGGCACAUAUUUCACUGACGGUCUGGCUAGACUGGCCGAGUCGAGCCAUUAUAGUGAGCACAGCCAAAUAUGGGCCGUACUAUGUGGAGCCAUAACUGGAAAAGACGCUGUCGACCUUUUGAGCCGUUCGCUGGCAUCCCCACGUCGUGGGAUUGAAGAGACACGUGAGCUCACAAAGCCGUCAAUCGCAAUGGCAUUCUACACCCUGCGUGCCUUAUCGGCUGCUGGCGACGGAGUCUACGAAGACCGCUUUCACGACUUCUGGGAGCCCUGGAGAAAGCAGCUUGAGCUCAAUAUGACAACUUGGGUUGAAGAUUAUAUCACUCAGAGAUCAGACUGUCAUGCGUGGGGUAGUUUGCCGCUGUACGAGUACGCUGCCGAAGUUGUUGGAUUGAGACCUGUUAUGAGUGGUGGUGGUGAGAGAGUUCUUAUGUUCAAGCCACGAGUCUGUCUCUUCAAGGUGUUCGAGGCCAAGGUUCCAGUUGAAGGCUCAGUUGACAAGCCCGUAGUCGCCCGGGUGAGAUGGGAUAGAGAAGAAGGGGGUGCCACCAACUUGUCCAUUGCAUGGGAGGGCGACGAGAACGUUAAGAAUGGAAGCCUGCCAUUCAUUCAUGUUCAUCUGCCCGACAGAGAGCAGGAGACGAUGAAGAUGCUUGAAGAUAGAAGCUGGAGACUGUAG